UUUUCUCUUGUUUACUUCCUACAUAUCAUCAUUCGAAGCUUUUCAUUCACAUAAUUUUUAACAAGCUAUGACAGGAUGAUCAAACCGGGGAACUAGUCCAUGAGUAUUGCCGCGGAGGACCGUGUAUGCUGUAGUUGCUUUAGUAAGGUCUCAGAUUCACCAUAAGGCCCAAAACACCCUGGCAUAAAGUAGUCCAGAGGACAUGUACGGGUUUCAUAUUGAGAUUAGGGUAAUACAGGUCCAAGGCUAUAAAACUGUAACAUCACUGAUUCAUACCAUUACCUCGUAAAUUAUUCUAGAUGAACAGUCACUAAUUUCUUAGAGGAUCAGAGGAAGGAGAAGAAAAUGGUGCACAAUGCCUAUGAUUCAUUUCAGUUAGUGAAGGGUUGUCCUGCCAAAAUUGAAAGUGUUGGGGUAUGGGGAUGCCGUGUAUUGGUUGGGUGCAUUGAUGGCUCCCUCAGAAUAUACGCUCCGGAAUCAUUAUCGAUCAGUAGCAAUAGUAAUAUUAGUAGAAGAGAGAUCCCCUCUGAUGGCGGCAGCGGCAUCAUUGAAGCGGAACCAUACGUGCUGGAAAGGACUUUGGUUGGAUUUUGCAAAAAGGCGGUCAUAUGCAUGGAUGUCCUGCAGUCGCGAAGCUUGCUGCUCUCACUUUCAGAUGCCAUAACACUUCAUCGCCUGCCAGGCUUUGAAGUAGCUGUCUACAUCGGAAAGACUAAGGGUUCCUCUUCUUACGCUUGGGAUGAUAAACGCGGUUUCCUUUGUGUCAACAAACAGAAGAAAUUGCUCAUCUAUCGGUAUGACGGUAGCCGAGAGUUCGCGGAAAUGAAAGAAUUUGCUGUACCAGAUGUAGUGAAGUCGAUGGCAUGGUGCGGAGAAGGCCUAUGCUUGGGAAUCAGGCGGGAAUAUGUUAUAUUGAAUACUGUAACUGGUGCCUUUUUUGAGGUGUUUCCCUGCGGCAGGAUCGCUCCACCUUUAGUUGUUUCUCUUCCUUCCGGGGAGUUACUCUUAGGCAAGGAUAAUAUUGGAGUCUUUGUAGACCAGAAUGGUAAACUACUACAAGAAGGAAGGAUAUGCUGGUCUGAGGCACCUGUCUCUGUUGCUAUUCAUUUGCCAUAUGCUAUUGCUCAACUACCACGGCAUAUUGAGAUCAGAUCACUAAGGGCUCCUUAUCCAUUGGUUCAGACAUAUCCCCUCCGGGAUGUUCAUCUUCUUCUGUCAAGUAGUAACUGUGUUGUUGCUGCAUUAGAAAAUUCUGCUUACUGUCUUCUUCCAGUCCCAAUUGGUGCACAGGUAGUACAGCUAGCAGCAUCUGGGAAUUUUGACGAGGCAUUGGCAUUAUGUAAAUUACUUCCACCAGAAGACUCUACACUUAGAGCAUCUAAAGAAGAUUCCAUCCAUAUCAGAUAUGGCCAAUAUCUUUUUGAUAAUGGGAGCUAUGAGGAGGCGAUGCAACAAUUUUUGGCAUCUUCACUGGAUAUUAGUGCAAUAUUAUGUUUAUAUCCUUCAUUAAAACUUCCGAAGAAUUCUAAUGACACUUCAUCCAAGUACAUGUUUGAAUCUUCUUCUGAUAUGUUGUAUGAACAACACCUUGCUAAGACAUUUUCUAAUGCAUCGGAUGAGGCUGAAAGUGGAUCCCUAUCACAGGAUGAAGACAAAUGUAAAUCUUCAAGUGGAAAGCUAAAUCAUAAUUCACUUAGUGCUCUUAUCAAAUUUCUGUCAAAAAGGAGAAAACGUAUCAUUGGAAAAGCAGCAGCAGAAGACACAGAUGAGGUUGUUGCAGCAGUAGUCGAAGAUGCAAGUUCAUCUGUGAAUUCCUGGAGGUCAAGCAGUUCAGUCAAGCAUAGUAGUAAUACCAAGGGAGGCAGAAGUGCUCGAGAAAAGGCAACAAUAUUAGAUACUGCUCUUGUUCAGUGCUUACUGCUCACAGGACAGUCUUCUGGAGCACUAGAACUUCUCAGCGGUCCAAAUUAUUGUGAUGUCAAGAUUUGUGAAGAGUUCAUGCUGCAAAGAGGCCAUUACUUGGAAUUGAUAGAACUGUAUAAGUAUAAUGAAAGGCACAGGGAUGCUCUUAAGCUUCUCAAUCAUCUAGUCGCAGGUUCAGAUUCUCUUCCUGUACCUCCUGCAGACACACAAAAACUUGGACCUGAAUCAAUUAUAGAAUACUUGAAGCCACUUGGGGGUCUUGAUCCCGCUCUUGUGCUAGACUGUUCAACGUGGAUUCUUGAAGCUUGUCCCCAACAAACAAUUGAAUUAUUCUCAUCUACGGACCCGCCUCUCCCUCCAAACUUAGUGAGUUCAUACCUUAAGCAACAUGCACCACACAUGCAAGUUACAUAUUUAGAGCACAUGCUUGCCCUGCAUGGAAAUGCACUUUCUUCUAGCCUUCAGAAUGAGUUGGUGCAAAUUUACCUUGUAAAAGUUCUUGAUGAAUAUGCAGAAUUGAAAGGUCAGGAAAAAUGGGACGAAAGACAAAAUUCCAUUGCUAGGCAGAAACUCUUAGCUGCUCUGGAGAAAACUUCUGGUUAUAAUGCUGAGCUCUUAUUGAAACGUCUUCCACCUGAUGCUCUUUAUGAAGAGCGUGCCUUUUUGUUAGGAAAAAUGGAACGACAUCAACUUGCCUUAACACUGUAUGCACAUAAGCUUCGUGAACCUGAGCUUGCAUUGGGUUAUUGUGACCUUAUCUACAAUACUGCUACCUCGGUCAUGAGUGGUAAGAACACAAGUAGUCUAGCAACUAGUCAACAACGUCACUCAGGCCAGAGAGCAGCUCUCAACAUCUAUCUUACACUACUGCAAGUCUAUCUCAACCCUCAAGCAUCAAAAAAGGAAUUUGAUCAAACAAUUGCUGUUCUUAAUUCAUCAAAGGAACCAGCAACUUAUAAAAUUGGUUCUGCACAAAAAGCAAAGGGACACAAGUCAAAAAAAGUUGUUGAAAUAAUAGAAAGAAUUGAAGAUAAUAGACAAAGUCUUAGUAGUACCAGCACUGACAGUGCUCCAGAAAGUGGACGAAGUGAUGGAGAAGAAUCAUUUGAAGCCUCAACAAAUGUUGAGGGAAUGAUGCUGGAUGAGGCAUUGAAUCUCCUGAGCAGAAGAUGGGACCGUAUCAAUGGUGCUGAGGCCCUCCGCUUGCUACCUUCAGACAUUAAGUUACAGCUGUUACUUCCAUUUCUGGAGCCACUACUGAAAAAAUCAAGUGAAGCUCGCCGCAAUUUGUCAGUCAUAAAAAGCCUCCGCCAUAGUGAAAAUUUGCAGGUUAAAGAUGAACUCUAUAAGAGUAGACAACGAUUUGUGAAGAUUAAUGGUGAAAGUAUCUGUUCUUUGUGUAAUAAGCGGAUAGCAAGCAGUGUAUUUGCUGUUUAUCCAAAUGGUACAACUGUGGUGCACUUUGUUUGUUUCCGAGAUUCUCAGACUGUCAAGGUUGUCACUACCGCACCAAGCAUGAGAACAUCCUAAUUCCUAUUUUUCUGUCUGUGCAAUUAAUGCUACAGCUGAAUGUUUGCCGAUUUACACACUAUUUAUGUAUAUUUCAAGCCACAUCUUCCCCAGUUUGUAUUGGUCAAUAUUAUAAAGUCAAAUAUAGAUUAGGCUAUAUCUUGUUGAGUUGGUUUGAGAAACAAGCAAACUAAGUAUUUGAACUAUGCAACUACAUUUCUUGAACAAACGUGCAUGGCCUAAAAAGGAAUCAAAACUGUGUACAUAUGCUAGGCAUUUGGUAUCUUAUAUUCUUCAAAAGAUCAUUUGCAACUUGAAGAGCUCCACGAAAUGAUAAUAGAUUAUAGUACAAUCUAUCUAUUUUAUGA